AUGCAUUGUGGGAAAUGAUGGCAGCUGAAGUAUGUAUUGAGAGUGCGGAAUCUGUGCGGUUCAGCUGAUUUUAACUGCCGAGAAAGACGCUGAGUUUAUAGACUGCAGGGUAACCAAUAUGCUGGCGGUUAGCGGUGGUUUUCUACUGUUUUUGCAGCACGUGAGUUUUGAGUAGGUGCUGGUGUGUGUUGGUGUGUACUGAGGAAACAUGGCUGCGUGUGCGCUGCUGCUGCGCCGCGGUCAGCUGCUGCUGCUGAGCGCCAGCAGAGACAAGAAGCGCUCCCUCAGACUAGCGAGUGUCUGUGGGUAUAACCGGGGCGUGGAGUGGACCAGGACCCGGCCAGCGUGUUCACACUGCGCCUGGCCCAGCUUCCAGCAGACCAGGUCCAUGUCCUCACGGAACAGGCCAAACGGGAAGGUGUUGGAGACCGUUGGAGUCUUUGAAGCACCUAAGCAGCACGGCAAGUAUGAAACAGGCCAGCUUUUUCUCCACAGUGUGUUCGGUUACAGGGGGAUUGUGUUGUUCCCCUGGCAUGCUCGCCUGUAUGACCGAGAUGUGUGUCCUUCACCUUCUGACAGUAAACCAGAGACCCUGGCCCAUGGGUCAAAAGAGGUGAAAGGAAAAACACACACCUACUACCAGGUCCUAAUAGACACCAGGGACUGCCCUCAUAUAUCUCAGCGGUCUCAGACGGAGGCGGUUACAUUUCUGGCAAAUCAUGAUGACAGCAGGGCCUUGUACGCUAUCCCAGGUCUGGAUUACGUGAGUCAUGAAGACAUCCUGCCGUACAACUCAACCGAGCAGAUUCCUAUUCAGCAUGAGCUGUUUGAGCGCUUCCUCAUGUUUAACCCAUCCAAAACACCACCUUUUACCCAAAGGGACACACUCCGAGCCUGGCAGGAGAAGAACCAUCCCUGGCUGGAGCUGUCAGAUGUUCACAGGGAGACGACAGAGAAUAUCCGCGUCACUGUCAUCCCCUUCUACAUGGGCAUGAGGGAAGCACAGAAUUCCCAUGUAUAUUGGUGGCGAUACUGUAUUCGUCUGGAGAACUUGGGCAAUGAGGUGGUUCAACUGCGAGAGAGGCACUGGAGGAUCUUUAGCCUGUCGGGCACUCUGGAAACGGUCCGUGGCAGAGGAGUCGUUGGCCGGGAGCCAGUGUUGUCAAAAGAGCAACCGGCAUUUCAGUACAGCAGCCAUGUGUCUUUGCAGGCGCCAAGUGGACAUAUGUGGGGAACAUUCCGGAUCGAGCGGACAGAUGGCUCCCACUUUGACGUGCGCAUUCCCCCUUUCUCUCUGGAGAGCAAUAAGGAUGAUAAAGCGCCGCCUGCUGGCUAUACUGUAUAAUAAACCCCCACUAGGACCAGUGUGUUAAAGCUUACCAUGCGCCUACUAUGCUGUUCUAUGCACUAUGCCUUAGUGUUUCCCUCUUCAGGAGCUCGAGGUGUGUUUUGAUGUGAAGUGGAAAUAAUAAUAACACACCCUGCAGUAUUAUAAGUCUCACUACAGCCAUAAGUGUUAGUGUUUUAUUUUUUUGUUUUUCAGUGUGCUAAAGAACAAAUUGAAUUGGAAUGCUGGGAACUCUCAGGUAGAUCACUGUAUGUGGACUCAUUUUUAGAUGAUGUAGAUUGAGAACCUGCUUUCCUUGCUCUGUGAUUCUGUAAGGGAAUUGGGAUGUGAUAAAUCCCUCCUUUUCUUUACUUUCUUUUUCCGUUUUCAUUAUUUUGCCUUUUUUUUCAGGGGAAGGAAUUCUUUUUUGUUUGUUUGAGUCUUAUUUAGACAGAGUCAGAAUUUUUCCCACAGGAUAACAGUUAGUAACUCCUGAAUUAUGUUGCAUUUUUAAAGAAUAGAAAACCUGAUCAAGAAAAAAGGUUUUGGUAUGAUCUGAAACUAGAAAAGAAUGAAAUCAAUGGAAGCAAUGGGUAAAUAUUGACUGUUGGACAACACUGCUGAGCUGAAAAGUGGCUGUAUAAAUAUUAAGAUUGCUGUUCUAAUUCUGAUUAUGUUGCACUUCUGAUGUGAGUGUGUUUUGCCAGGUCUGUUUGAUAUGUUCUGAGUGAACAGCCCUUUUUUUUGGGUAUGUUGUUAAAUUAAGACUUGGCUAAUAUUGUACUGUAAAUAAGAAUGUAUAAAACGUAAAUAAAUGUGCAAUUUUGAAAUA